CUUCUUUCCUCUGCGACACCGACAUGCGCGGCGAGAUAUGCAUAGGCUCUGCAUCGUUUUUAUCCUUCGUAGCCCUGCUCCUCUGUAUUUUUAUGCAUGUGGGCCAAAUCAAUACGUCAACGAUACCUCGAGGGAUAGCCAUGGCUAAGGUCAACGUCUCGGGCUAUGGCAAUGCUCUAUAUGCUGCCCUGGGCGAUCCCAUCCAAGGCCUGUACGCGAGUAACGCCUCUGCUCCUCUCGGUGCUGAAGCUGGGCUACGAAACUUUUACGACUACGGCCUUUACUCGUACUGUGCCUAUCUGGAGCCCCCACAAGGGAUAUGCUCCAAUCACAGCACCGCCAAUAGGUUCGAGCCCUUCACGGCCAUGACCUCGGACAUGAUUGGCAACUGGUCAUUCAUAACUGAAGGCUUGAUACCUUCUGUAUCCUUCCGGAACUCGGGUUCACUCGGGAGUCAGUCCAACUCGGCCUAUUACCUAUUACUGCUGGGAACGAUCUGCGCUGGCCUGGCUUUCCUCCUGGGCAUGGCCAAACAGACCAUCACGUUUCUGGCUUCAAGUAUUUUGGCCAUACUGGGCAGCAUUUUCCUCCUCGCUGGGGCAGCGAUAUGGACGGCUGUCGUCCACAAAGCUGCGAGCGUCAAUGACCUAGUGGUGGGAUCGUCGAGCUCCCCGACACCACUCGGAAUCACCAUUUCUGUGGGAAACGGAAUAUACCUUGCUUGGGCAGCCUUUGCAUGCUUGGUGGUAUCGAUCCUUCCCUACAUGACCAGCUGUUGCACAUACCGAGGAUAAGGAGCUGGAAUCCUCCACCUGUACUGACGACCAACGCGACACCUUGUACAUCCGAACUCGCGUUUUACGAAUACUUACCUGUAGGAUAUGAAAAUAACGACCACGCAUUGCUCUGUAAUACCUUGCAUAUACGUAGAAGGCAUAAGCUCUCGC